GACCGCCCGCGGCAGAGGCCGCCCCGGUCGCUCCGCGGCGGGAGCGGCCGGCGGAGGCUGCGCGGCCGAGGGGGAGGGCCAGGGGAGGGGACGUCGCCCCUACCCGCCUCCCACCGCCGGCCCCCACCCUGUGCCCCCACAGCGCGCCCUCAGGUUUCUGAGCCUCAGUCGGCGUCCAGCAUCCCGCUGCCCAGGACCCUCCCGCGAGCGCGCACCGGGCUCAACUCAGGCUCAGGACUGCGGGGGACAUCUUCACUGCCCAGGAAUCAUUGAGUGUGUGGACAGGACAGCCUCUUUGGAAGGCCAGCUACACUGGAGUCCCACCUCGGCAUGGGCCUUGCCAUUGAGGCAGCCCUGCAGUCUGUGCUGGUCUGACGGUGCUGCCUGUCAUGGGGGCAGCCAUCUCCCAGGGGGCUCUCAUCGCCAUCGUCUGCAAUGGCCUCGUAGGCUUCUUGCUGCUGCUGCUCUGGGUCAUUCUCUGCUGGGCCUGCCACUCCCGCUCUGCCGACAUUGACUCCCUCUCUGAAUCCAGUCCCAAUUCCAGCCCUGGCCCCUGUCCUGAGAAGGCGCCCCCGCCACAGAAGCCCAGCCAUGAAGGCAGCUACCUGCUGCAGCCCUGAAGUCCCCUGGCCUAGCUUGGAAUCUGGAACCUAAGUCCACCCCACCCAGAGUCUGGAAUCAGGAUCCCAUGGUCCAAUCAGUGUGGGAUCCAGAACUCAAGAGUCCAGCCUGUCUGGAGCUGGAUCUAGCAGACCAGUCUAGCCAGCCUGGCUUCAAGAAGGGCUCUGGUGGCCCUAGGUAGGCAGGCCUGGGGUGGGGGUUCAUGAGUUGGUGCUAGAGCCAGGGCCAUCUGGACUCUGCUCCAUCUGAAGGGCCAGGGACUGGGUCCACUCUCUCCCUGGGCCAAGCGUCUCUAGGCCCUCAAGUUUGGGAAAGCAAACUGGAAUCCGUGGCAAUAAUGGGAGGGUGUCCAGGCUGGGCCCCUCCUCUGGUCCUCCCGCUGUUUGCUGGAUAAUAAAUGGAACUAUAUGGCUGUA